UUCCUCCAGUGCUCCAAUCCUUAAACAUACGAGUACGCAGCGAAUUCAGGUGACAAUGAUCCGCAAAGCUGUCUUCGUAAUCGCGACCAUGGCGCUCUUGGGUGUCAAUUCACAACGUGGUGACAUGUCUCAUAAAAUGAUGCGCGAUAUGUUAAGAUCUCAAAUGGACGAUCAAAUGCGAGUUGACAUGCCAUACAGUCGUUCUCCCAAGAUGAUGGACGACCAACGUUCCAGUAUCUCAUCUUCUGACGCCCGUGCUAUGGCCGAUCAGGUUAUGAGGGCCGCAGCGGAUGACCUACAGCGUUCCGGAGUCGUCUCUGCUGCGACCCGCUCAAUGGUCGACCAGGUUUUGAAAUCCGCCGUGGAAGACCACCUUCAGCAUUCUGGCAUGCCUUCACAAAUAUCUAGCUCUGUCGCCGAUCAGGUUCUAAGGUCUGCGUCGAUGGAAGACCAAAUGCAGCGCACUGGCAUGUCAUCUUCUGCAGCUCGCUCUGUAGCUGACCAGUCUCUAAGGUCCUCUGUGGAAGACAACCUGCAGCGUUCGGGCAUGCCUUACUCUUCAGCCCGUUCUAUUGCUGAUCAGGUUUUGAGGAUGGCUAGCAUGGAUGACCAGCAACAGCUCAUUGGCGUGUCUUCUUCUUCAUCCCGUUCUAUAGCUGACCAGGUCUUGAGGGCCUCGAUGGGAGACCAGCUACAGCGGACCGGAAUGUCUUCUGCUGCUGCUCGUACCGUCACUGAUCAGGUUUUAAGGACCGCACUGAGCAAUAAGAAAUGGGCACAGGGAUCGAGAGGUGGUGCAGAUUUGACCUAUGCUGGUGUCAUCGUAGACAAAACCGUGUCGGAUCAGCUUUUGAAGUCUAUGAUGAUGGAUAACCAACAAUUAGGUGGUUCAUGGUCGUCUGAUAAAAUGCUAAGAAACUACAUGGAUGACCAAGACCGUGCUGAAAUCUCUGGAUGGUCCUCAAUCUCUGGAAUGUCCCCGAUUUCUCGUUCAAUGGCCGAUCAGAUAUCGAGGUCGAACUGGCAAAAACAAAACCAAUACGACUAGAUGUUACAUACUUUUGAUAUUUGGCGAUCACGAUGCGUCGCAACCACAAAUGGAUUGAGCGAAUCACUAUUAGUUAUUGACAUAAAUUAUACUUUUCUAAAUUCGAA